AUGCCAUGGAACGGGCAUCACCGACGAGAUGCGCAACGACAUGCUCUGCAUGCGUGCCAUCUCGAAGGUUACCCGUUUGACCCCGGAUGCACGCCACGACAUGACGCGCAAGUGGCUCAGGAAAGUCCUGCACCCGCCACUGGGGUUUGGAGCGGGAUGAGCAAUUUACUCAUCCCCCAUCUCCACAACGCGCAAAUGGCUCAAAGAUGCUGGCGAAAUAAAGAAGCAGCUCCCCGACCAGGAGCUCCGGAACGCAUCGAAAACAGCUCGGCCUAUCGUGCCCCUCAACUCCGUCGUCAACGUCAUGGCCAACUACGUCCGCGUGAAGAGCCAUGUCGACUUGCCCAUCUACCAAUUCCAUUUCGCCUUCGACCCGCCGCGAUGGACAACAAGAGCUGGCGCGAAGACAUUUUGCGCGGCUAUGGCAUUUUCGAUCACGAGCUCUUCGACGGUGCGAUGAUGUACUCUCCGGAACGCAUCGAAGACGGCUCGGUCUACCGUGCUUCACAUCCCGGCGACAACGGCGUCACGGUCCAAGUUACCGUCAAGGUUAAUGCCACGUUUGUGCGCAACGAUCCGCAGGCCUUGCACGUCCUCGAUUUGCUCAUCCGCAGG